AUUGCCAAGCAACGUUGGAGCAGCUCUCGCCCCAAAGGAGCAGGUCGCUGCCUGAGGAUUUAAUGGAGAAAUCCUAAAGUGAGCCAGUGGUCCAGGUGGAGGAAGGGCGGCCAAGGCCGGGCUUCGGGGCCGUCGGCCAGGGCCAGGCAGGAGGGGCCGCCGCCUCCCUGCUGGGGAGCCUGGACUCAGAGAGGCUCCGAGAGCGGAUGGGGGAGGGCGCUCUCCCUUCCUGACAUGCCAGGAGCCGCAAGCAGCCACCCAGGUGACUAAGCCGGCCCACUGCCACUGAGUCACCGCCCGCCACAGCUCCUCUUCCUUCCCUUUUACAUCUGAUUAUUUUGGGAGCUGAAAACUUGGAGCUGCACCUGAGUCCCGCCCCUUCUAGCUCUCCCCUCCCUACCUCAGCGGCGGCUGGCUGGCGUGGAGGAAGAUGAGACUUGCUAGGAAUCUGCCACCACCCCCUGAGGACAUGGAAGGCACGGUGGAGGGGGCCGGAGGUGCCUGGGGAGAGACGGCAGCCUGCAGAGUGCCACAGCAGACAUGGUGAUCCGGCUGCCCCAGUGUCCUCCGGAGGUCUCGGGAGAGAAGGGGAGCCCGGUCCCUGCCUCCCUGCCGACUGGAGUCCUCCCCCGGGCUGGCUUUGAAUUUGAACGGGCCUCUCACGGGAAUGUUUCUGUAAAGGAGUGGCUUCUAGGGUCAGAGCGGCAUUUGAAGAGCCAGGCUGGAUUGGCUUAGGCAGGCCCGUGCAGGGAGCACCACUUCCUGGGCUGGAGACAAGCACCGACCUGCAGCUGGAGGACGUGAGGCCCAGCUGCCCAGAAGGAGUGGCCAAGGCCUGCGAAGGACUGGCCCUGGAGACUCCUUGCCUCCUGCUCCUCUGCGCCUAAGAUACCUGACCGCUGAAGGGAGGAGACUCGAGGAAGAGGAGGCAAAGAAAGCGGCCCAGAGGCACCAUGUUCCGCAAGAAAAAGAAGAAACGUCCUGAGAUCUCAGCCCCACAGAACUUCCAACACCGAGUCCACACUUCCUUUGACCCCAAAGAGGGCAAGUUCGUGGGCCUCCCACCACAAUGGCAGAACAUCCUGGACACACUGCGGCGACCCAAGCCCGUGGUGGACCCUUCUCACAUCACCCGGGUACAGCUCCAGCCCAUGAAGACAGUGGUGCGGGGCAGCUCCGUGCCCAUGGAUGGCUAUAUCUCAGGGCUGCUCAAUGACAUCCAGAAGUUGUCGGUCAUCAGUUCCAACACCCUGCGUGGCCGCAGCCCCACCAGCCGACGCCGGGCACAGUCCCUGGGGCUGCUAGGGGAUGAGCUCUGGGCCGCUGACCCAGACAUGUACCUCCAGAGCCCCCAGUCUGAGCACACUGACCCCCACGGUCUCUACCUCAGCUGCAAUGGGGCCACACCAGCAGGUCACAGGCAGACGCCAUGGCCCGAGCCACAGAGCCCACAGGUCCUGCCCAAUGGGUUGGCCACCAAGGCACACUCCCUGGGCCCUGUUGAGUUCCAGGGUGCCUCACAGCGCUGCCUGCAGCUGGGUGCCUGCCUGCAGAGUUCCCCUCCUGGUUCCUCGCCCCCCAUGGGCCCAGGGAGGCGUGGAGUGAAGGCUGCCAAGCACAGCUCCGAGGAGGCCCGGCCACAGUCCUGCCUGGUGGGCUCAGCCUUGGGCAGGCCAGGUGGGGAAGGGAGCCCAAGCCCCAAGACCCAGGAGAACAGCCUCAAGCGCAGGCUCUUCCGAAGCAUGUUCCUGUCCACUCCUGCCACGGCCCCCCUGAGCAGCAGCAAGCCAAGCCCUGUGCCACAGAGCAAGCCCGACUCUGCUUUCCGACCACCACAGAAGGACUCCCCACCCAGCCUGGUGACCAAAGCGCAGUCCUUGCCCUCAGACCAGCCCAUGGGGACCUUCAGUCCUCUGCCUGCCUCGGACACCAGCAGCCCCCAGAAGUCCUUCCACACAGCCCCAGCCACUGGCCCGCUUCCAGGCCGGUCUUCCCCAGCAGGCUCUCCCCGUACCCGGCAAGCCCAGAUCAGCACCAGCAACCUGUACCUGCCCCAAGAUCCUGCCGUGCCCAAGGGUGCCCUGGCUGGCGAGGACACGGGCAUUGUGACACACGAGCAGUUCAAGGCCGCACUCAGGAUGGUGGUGGACCAGGGUGACCCCCGGCUGCUGCUGGACAGCUAUGUGAAGAUUGGAGAGGGCUCCACGGGCAUCGUGUGCCUGGCCCGGGAAAAGCACUCGGGCCGCCAGGUGGCCGUCAAGAUGAUGGACCUCAGGAAGCAGCAGCGCAGGGAGCUGCUCUUUAAUGAGGUGGUGAUCAUGCGGGACUACCAGCACCUCAACGUGGUGGAGAUGUACAAGAGCUACCUGGUGGCCGAGGAGCUGUGGGUGCUGAUGGAGUUCCUGCAGGGCGGGGCCCUCACGGACAUCAUCUCCCAAGUCAGGCUGAAUGAGGAGCAGAUCGCCACAGUGUGCGAAGCGGUGCUGCAGGCCCUGGCGUACCUGCACGGCCAGGGUGUGAUCCACAGGGACAUCAAGAGUGACUCCAUCCUGCUGACCCUCGACGGGAGGGUGAAGCUCUCGGACUUUGGAUUCUGUGCUCAGAUCAGCAAAGAUGUCCCCAAAAGGAAGUCCCUGGUGGGAACCCCCUACUGGAUGGCUCCUGAAGUGAUCUCCAGGUCUCUAUAUGCCACGGAGGUGGAUAUCUGGUCUCUGGGCAUCAUGGUGAUGGAGAUGGUGGACGGGGAGCCCCCCUACUUCAGUGACUCCCCUGUGCAAGCCAUGAAGAGGCUCCGGGACAGCCCCCCACCCAAGCUGAAAAACUCUCACAAGGUCUCUCCAGUGCUUCGAGACUUCCUGGAACGGAUGCUAGUGCGGGAGCCCCAGGAGAGAGCCACGGCCCAGGAGCUCCUGGAUCACCCCUUCCUGCUGCAGAUGGGGCUGCCUGAGUGCCUGGUGCCGCUGAUUCAGCUCUACCGCAAGCAGACCUCCACCUGCUGAGCCCGCCCUCAAAGUGCACCUGCCGCCUGUGCCCGCAGGCAGGGACACUGGGCAGCCAGCCUGCUGGCAGGGCCUGCCUGCCUCGUUCUCUCAGUAUUCUCUCCAAAGAUUGAAUGUGAAGGCCCACCCCUACUCCCCUACCCCUCGGCCCACUGGGCCAGGCCGGACCUGCCCCCGUGGCCUCUCUCCUCCCCAGAGUCCCUGCUUCCUUCGGGAUGACAGAGACCCCCUUCUGCAGGAUGACCCCUUGUUAUUUGCACAGGGAUAUUUCUAAGAAACUCAGAGACCAGCACCCUGGCCUCUAUGGCUA